AUGAGCAGCACCGUUAGUAGAUGGUCCGUCGGUCCGUCCACCGUAGUCAGGAUAACAAAAAUUUCUGAAGAUGUCGCCCAAACAGCAGUUACUUCUGACGUCAGCCCCAAUGGUGGCCCUAUGAAGCGACGUUGGGAAUGCAAGCAAUGCGAUAAGUCGCUGUCUUCUAAACGGAGCUAUGAUGAACAUAUGAACAUACACAACAAUGCACGCCCGUUUCAAUGUCCCGAAUGUUCAUAUGCUGCGGCUUCUCAAAUGACCCUCCGACGUCAUCGGUUACGCAGUCACGUAGCACGUCAAAACUGGGGCUAUCGUUGUCCGUACUGUACAGAGUGUUUUAUGGAACCAGCCAGCUACCAAUCACAUGUUGGCACACGCCACCCCAACCGGUCCUGUACUUUCGGAUGUCCCGUUUGCAAGUGGACUUGCAGAAGCGCACGCUUCUUUAAAGAACACGUUGAAAAGCACAUCGUCACUAACGUGUUCAUGCACAACGACCUGGAAGAGAUCAAAGAAAAUGAGUUGCAGAAAUUUUUGGUGGAUGACGAUUUUGGAGUGGGAUUCCGUUACUUGUCUACAAAAGAUCCGCCUACACGAUCGUUGAAAAGAUCAGGCGGCUUUUUGUCUCAGAUAACCAGGAAAGAAGCAGCGGAUUACCUGAAAGAGCCAUUACGACUGCCUAAAGGUUCUGAAGAGAAACUGGCUGGUUGGCGGCCAAAGAAUGUGCUCUCGAAACCGUUGCCAGUACGAUCUAUCAUCAUUCCCCCUCCACCUCCAAUCCAAUUACUUCCGGGAGAUACAGAAUGGAUCGAAACUGAAGUCACCAUCGAAGAUACCAAUGCAAAAACAUAUGGCCAUGUCUACGAUGAUGGCUGCGUGGAUAAUCUUGAUUUAGAU